AAAAAAGACCAUGCAGUCUAGUCUGACAACGAACUAAAAAAAAGUUUUUCUCUUGUCAAAAAUUAAUUUAUUUUUGAUGAAGAAUGAAUUUAGCCGAAGAAAAGUGUGAAGAGAACUAAUUUCAUAAGUAAUUGUUUAUUAUAAUAUCGUAAAAUGGAUGAAAAAUACGAUACAGUAAAGCUAUGUUACACAAUACAUAGAUAUUCCAGUCAUUCUGCUAAUUAUAUACCAGAGAAUAUUAUGGUGAACAACCCAUCGGAUCAGCUUUCGCGAUGGUUCACAGACAGCACGACGCCUGCUCAAUACAUUAUGCUGAAAUUGAAGUCGGUCUCAAUAGUCGAAACAAUAAAAUUCGGAAAAUACAUAAAAGCUCAUGUCAGUGAUCUUAAAAAGUUCCAAAUAUUUGGAGGUGUAGAUGAAAACAAUCUGUCUUUACUUUUAUCAGCUGGACUCAAAAAAGACAGUUCUGCUGAAACCUUCAGGCUGCGUCACAGGACUACCGAGGGUCUGUACUUACCUGUCACGUAUCUGAAGAUAGUGCCUCUGCAAUCUUGGGGGCCCGCUUAUAAUUACACAAUAUGGUAUGUGGAGCUCCAGGGCAAGAACCAGGAGGAACUUAUCAAUGAUGCAAUGGAGACUAUAAACUUGCGUAAAGAAGAGGAAGCAGUGCGUAUUCUAUUAAAGCACCUUCGUAGACGGAGAUACAAGGAUGCCUUUGAAGCCCUAUCCCGUGAGACAGGGGUCAGGUUGGAAGGAGACCUUCAAGCUAGGCUGUGGAAUGCCCUUGUUGAGAAUGGAGAUUAUAAACUUGCUGAGGAGAUUAUGGAGACUGCUGUGAAUGAGGGCGAACUGGAUUGGUACAUGUCCUGGCAGCCGUACACGCCGGAGUGGCGGCAGAUGUCUGCGUGCUCGGCCGCGGUGGAGGAGCGGCUGUGCUGCGACAGCAGCCCGCAGCCGCGCGGCGCCAGCCCCGACCUCGCCUGCGCCGACCGCGACCCCAGGGCCGCCGCCGAAAGCCCCUCGAGCGGGAGCCCCCCGGAGCUGUGCUCCCCCUCGUGCUGCAACAGCCCUGGGCCGCGCGGGGGUCACCAGCUGGUCGUCGAUUCCACCACCGGUACAUUAUACUUAUACGGGGGUUGGAACGGCACAGUAGAUUUGGACGACCUGUGGGCUUUCGACACGGAGCGAGAGAGAUGGACGUUGUUGUGCGCUCAUAGCGGGCAGGUCAACGGCCCCUCCCCGCGGUCCUGCCAUAAGAUGGUGCUGGAUCCUGUACGGCGGAAGCUGUACACGCUCGGACGGUAUCUGGACAGCGCGCAGCGGGUGGCGCACAACAUGAACAGUGACCUUUACAUGUUCGACAUAGCAACGAACACAUGGAGCCUUCUCUGCGCAGACACGGCCGCGGCGGGCGGCCCACGGCUGGUGUUCGACCACCAGAUGUGCAUAGACCCUGACACGCAGACCAUAUACGUGUUUGGGGGACGAGUGUUGCCAGCUAACACCGAGGAGGUGGUGAGCCCGCAGUACUCGGGGUUGUACGCGUACUACAUCAGCACCAGCUCGUGGCAGCAGCUGUUGCCGGACCAGCCGCACGACGGCGGCCCCCCCUCCCCCCAGCCCAGGGUCUCGCACUCCAUGCUGUUCCACCCUAUCCAACGUCGCCUGUACAUCUUCGCGGGGCAGCGCAACAAGGAGCACCUGCUGGACCUGUGGUGGUGGGACGUGGCGGAUGGCUCGUGUCGCGCGCUGUGUGUCGCUACCUGCGCCAGUCCGCCCCCCGCCGCCGGCUUCACGCAGCGGGCCACGCUCGACCCCGACACUGACGAGAUGUUUGUGCUGUCUGGCAUGAGCAAAGAGAAGGACAAACGCGUGUACAACACUCUGUGGGUGUUCUCGUUGCGGCGGAUGACGUGGACGUGCGUGUACCGCAACGACUCGGUGGCGCCCUCUGAGCCUAGACCUAGAUUCGCGCAUCAAUUGGUCUUAGAUCCAGUCAGGAAGGUACAUUACCUAUUCGGCGGGAACCCUGGCAACCAAAGCUCCCCCCGGCUGCGACUGGACGACCUGUGGGCGCUGCGGCUGCGACGCGUGAGCAGCGCGCAGCUGCGCGCGCGCACGCGGCUGGCGCUGCGCGAGGCGCGCUACCGGCAGCUGGCGGCCGCCUCCGCCUCCUCCUCCGCCUCCGCCUCCGCCGCCCUCCUCUAUCUCAGGAAUGAUCUGUCUGACGCUAUGGACCACAGCGAUCCUGAACAGGUGUCGCGGUUCCAGAAGCUGGCGACGGCGCUGUUCGCGGGCGCAGCGCGCACUGCGCACGCGCCGGCCGCACUGUGCGCACGCGGCGCGCGCGCGCUCGCCCGCCGCCGCGCGCGCGCCGCGCCCGCAGAGCUCGCGCAUCACGCGCAUGCGCUGCACGCGGUCAGUCUGCUCACCACCGUCUCUCGCUCUCCACAUUACAACUCAAAUGUACUAGGCUCAGUGGAAUCCCUGCCCGAGCCGGUAGUCCCGUUCGAGGAGGUGUCCCUCCCCGCCCCGGACACGUGGGACGUGGGGGAGGACGCGGACGAGGAGCCCCCCACGCGGGAGCGGGAGGCCCGCGCCGCCAGGAUACAGCUGUACGACCACUUGUGUCAGUACUUCCGGCCCAGCACUGUCCCUCCCAAGGGAGACAUCAUGGAUCUUGUCAGCCUGUAAGAAUAUUUUAUUGUUUCGACGUUUUAGUCAUAUAUGUACAGAGGGCUAAAUGCUGGUUUGCAUUUCACUUGUCACUAUGGAAUCGAAGUGAGACGCAGGGAACCAAUCACAUUGGGGUGUUGUUGUACAAUGGCGCACUGUGAUUGGCUAGUUGUAUUUUGACUCUAUGGUGACAUGUAAAUAGCAAAGUCGCACUACGCAUACAGAUGCAGUAUCGCGUCAUUACAAUUUAAGACGUAGACAGAGCCAAGAAUACGAAACUAUGUAAUGUGUAACCAAAAAUGUACUCACUCCGUGCUUUCAAACGUUAAGUCGUCCCAAGGUUUUGUACAGCCAUCAGAACUCCAAUCCCGGAUGGUAGGUCAUGGCCUUAUGGCCAUAUGGCUAUGGUGGGAUGAGCAAGGAGGAUGCUCCUUACUCAAACAUAAGGAAAGCAAUUGUGAAUCUACAACGGACGUAUGGAUUACUACUACUUACUAUUAUAAGUUCAUACUUUUAUACCAAUAUAUUGAAUAGUAAUAAUUUACCUCUGGGAUUUUAUUGAUAAAAUUUGUAUUAGAUAUAGCUAAAUACGGAGGUAAAAAAUAGGCUACCGCGGACGUGCUAGUACGAUAUAAAAAUGGCUCAUUAUGAUUAAUGAAUGGCAAUAUCUACCUAUGUGCUAUUUAUCUUAAAAUUCUUUAUCGUCAUGUAUACAAUUGAUUUUAAAACUUUGUUCUCAAUUAUGCACGAAUGAAGAUGUUAAUAUAACUACAUAUAUAUUAACGAAACAUUGAGAAACUGCAUCCACCCCAACUUCACACAGCAAGUACACCAGCCCGGCUUCGACCACGGCUACUGCAAGGUUGUUGAAACGUCAGCAACAUUAAAUAAAAAUGGCAAAAUCGCAUUAAUAUAUAUGUAGUUAUGUGUCCAAAGCGCGAUAGUUAUUAAUACUAUUGUUUGUUAAUUUUGGGUUGUAUUUAAUUAUUAAUUAACUUUAAAAUAAUAAAGUGUAAAUAAAUAAUAUUAUGGCUACUUGCCGCGACUGAAAUUAUAAUUGCACACUAUUUGAUUAUAGACUAUCAGUUCUAUAAAAUUCCUGUAGGAUCUUGUUGUUGUAUAUAUUAUAAAUAAUUAUACACAGCGCAUGCGCGUUGAAAAACAAUUCCAAAUUCAAAGAUUCGAAUUGGCAAUGAGGUUUCUAUUACAAAUUCCAAGACAUGUUUGAACUUUUAUCCUCUUUUAAAAAAAACGAUUUUCCCUGAUUUUGCUUAGAUUUGUACUUUUAUCUCGUUCUAUCAUUUGUCAAAUACUGAAAUGAGAUGAAAACAACUAUUUAAAUGGUUUUGUUAUACAUGUCAGACAUUUUGAAAAUUAUGAGAUGAAAUUUUUUGAGCAAGAAUUGAACCUACCUGUCUGGCAUAGUGGACUCAAUUCCCGCUUGAUUCCAAACAAAGUAAACAAAAUACGUAAAAUAUAAAUACAUUAAACAUAAGUUUAUAAUAUAUAUGACUUUUAAGACGAUAUUUGAAUUAACCACUUUAUUGGCUCAUUUCAAGUUUGUGUAAUCAAAAUAGCAUAAAUAAAUAUACGUAUAAGAAAAUAAUAAUGGAGUAAUAACUAUGUAUAUAAUUGUUCGUUCCGAUUUGGAUUUUUAUUCAAAAUCAGAAUUAGAAUCGAAAGGUUAGUUUUGUACAGUAGGCGGCAGAUAAACCUGCAACCCCUAUGAUAGCAAGCUUCUUUUUUUCAUGUCUUCUCAACUUUUGUCUCCGACUGGGACGAAUAGGAAUUUUUAUUUUAAAAAAAUCACUUAGGAAAUCUUA